CCGACGUCGACGGCCAUUUGAACGGAGCUUCAGCGCGCGGAAAGUGAUCUGCAUUCGUUUUCGCACUCCUCCUGCAGUCUUCGAGGAUCGCCGACACCGACGAUGGACUCGCACGCCGUAAACGCGAUGGGUAUGCAGGGCGGCAUGUCGAUGCCCAUGUCAAUGGCGAUGGCCGGUGCGAACGGCGCCAAUCCGCAAGCUAUGGCUAUGGGCAUGAACGGUGGCAUGGGCAUGAACGCCUACGGCGUUCCUCAGCAGCAGCAACAACAACAGCAGCAAAUGAUGAUGAAUAUGGGCCAGAUGAACCAGAUGAACAUGGGCUCCAUGGCCAUGAAAAUGAAUCCGAAUGCCAUGAACCCUGCCGCUGCGGCCACUGGGGGGCCGGGCAUGCAGGCGGCGGGUGGGCAGGCAAGUGCAGCCGGCGCCGAUUGGCGUAUCCAACUCACGCGUGAACAUCGUGCGAACCUCAUUGCCAAGAUCUACAACGAGAUGGUCCGUGUGUCGGCUGACCCCGUGCCGGGUAUUAAGCUCUGGAUGAAUGUGUCAUGGUACGAACUGACGCUCUACAAGGAGUCGCGCACACAGGAGGAAUACAUUAACAAGAUCUUCACUCGCCUGAAGUCCUUGCGUGCUCAACAGACAGACAUGAACGCGGUUAUGGCAGCGCAGACGCUACCUAAUCAGGGUAUGCUGUCGAGACUGGACUUCUCGUACUAUAACACGUUGAACCUAAACCAACGUACAGGCGCCCCCGGUGCUAAUGGCGGUCAAGUUGGAGGAUAUCCUGGCCAUCAGCAGUUUGGCGGUCCUGGUGCUCAUCAGCCUCAGCCCGCCAAGCCGAUGGCGAUGGGCGCUGGGGGUAUGCCUGCAAACCCUGCGGCACCUAGCGGAGCUAACACCACACCACGGUCGGCAGCCAAACCGGAGGGAAGCGGCUCAGGCGCUCCCGGUGACAUGACCGCAGAGUACUGGCGGCAGCACGCAGCUCUAAAGGCAAAGUAUCACGAUGAUGUCGAGAAGGUGCACAGCGCAUUUAAGAAGUAUGUAGAUCACAUGAAGGGCCACGACGAGACGGAGCAGAAGAAGAAGCUGCGAUAUCUUCUCAGCUAUGUGCAGCUGUGUGCGAGCAUUCUGAACGAGGACAAGACGACGAACCCGCCGCGAAAGAUUGAGGAGCUGGACAAGGUCUACAAGUACAUCGUGAAAAUUGUGAACCCUUAUUUAAAGAAGCUGCGGACGGAGACGGAUAAGCGCAGCUUUACUCCCAACGCCAGCGGCCCCAAUCCUACUGGAGUGAACUCCUCUGCACCGACGAACCCUGCUGCUAGCUCUGGCGUCCCAGCGCCGGUGAAUACCUCAAAUGGACCCAAUGGAGCAAUGCUAAUGCAACAAGGACAGCAGAACAUGUCGCUCCAGCAAAAGCAGCAGCAGUAUCUCAUGCAGCAGCGCGCUCAGCAGAUGCAGCAGCAGCAACAGCGAAUGCAGGCUCAAGCUCGCCAGCAGCAAAUGAUGCAGCACCAGCAAAUGAUGAUGCAGCAGCAGCAGAAGGGCCCAGCUCCACCGAACCAAGCGCAUCUUUCUGCUCAGCACGCAAACCAGCCCAACGCACCGAAUCAACCGCAAAACGGACAGCCUUCUGGUGCCCAGCAGCAGCAAACUCAGCAGAAGCAGCAGCAUCUAACCCAGCCAUCUCAACAAGCACAGCGCUCCCAGCAGGCCCCGAAUAGCCAGCAACAGCCCUCCCAGUCUCAGUCCCAGCAGCCAGGUCCUCAGCAACCUCGCCAGGCCCAGCAGCUUCCACAGCAUAACCAGCAGCCUCAGCAACAGACACAAGGUCAGCAACAGUCACAGCAGCACCAGGCUCAGCAGCAGCAGUCUCAACCUCAGACGCAGCCUCAGUCUCAGCCUCAGCAGCAAAAACCGCAGCAGCAGGCUCCCCCAUCGGCACCAACAUCUCGUGCGGAUACCUCGUCCUUACAUCUGGACGACUCGCUAUACGGAGGAAUGGAUAGCAGCAGCUUGUUGCAGAUGCCGUCCAACCUGGGAUCUUCCGGUUCCUCGUCGGGAGGAUUCAUGAACUUCCCGAACGACCUCUCGCCCACUAAUUUCUCGAGUAUGGAUCUGCUUGAUAUGGACGGCUUCAUGGGGCAGGACAGCAACAGUAGCUCAGGUGCUGGACAGAACAACAGCAAUAGCUCUGGAGGAAACAACACAAAUUCCGGCGACGGAGGCGAUUCAGACCUCAUGUUCAUGGAAGCACUUUGAAUCCAAUAGUCUUUGCGUGUUAGUGUUACCAAUGCAGUAGCUGUUUGAUACCAUGAGUAGUAGUACCAUUUCACACUGCCACACUCUUGCAUGAUACUUUAGUACUGUACACA